AUGGCUGCCAAUGUUACCACAAGUUCUUCCGCGGACGAGCUGUUCGUCCUCGUUAUCAAGAAUAUCAAGAUCCAUGCCCCCCCUGAGCAGCCCUUUGGGCUUAAGAAAUGGAGGAAUCGUCAACUGUACAUAUCGGCCUCGAUCGAGGGCAUCUCUCAGCCCAAGAAGACGAAGCCGCUGUCCGCCAAAGGCCCGCAUGCACGGUGGGAAGAGACAAUCUCCUUCAACCUUACUCAAAGCUCCACUACCAUCGUGUUCUCAAUGAUGUCCAAGCACCUUAUGCGUCACGAUAAAUCUAUUGGUGCUUUCAGAGAAAGCAUCCAGGUGAUGCUUGACUCUGGGCCGCAUGUCAUUCGUGACCUUGCAGGAAAACACAAGUAUCAGAUAGAGUUUGAUGUUGCCAAGCAGAUGCUACUGGACUUUACAGGCGCUAUUGUUGUUGGAGCGACUGAUGCUGUCAACAACAUGGAUACCGUCCAGCCUAUGGCUGACCCUCCAGCAGUGGCUGAAGCUGCACCAACAUUCCUCUCCAGUAUUCCUUCAGAUGUGAAGUCUUCUUUGGAGUCCCUCCUGUCUAAGCUUGAUAUCCUCUGCCAAGUGGGAGGUGUCCUUGCUGAGAUUCAUCCUUGGGCAAAGAUGGCCUUCAAUCUUUUCUCAACAGUAUACAAGGUCAUCAAAAAGGCAGCAGACUGUGACCAGAAGAUCCAAGAUCUAGUGUCUACCAUCAAUGAAGUUUUUACCUUUGCUCAAGAGGCUCAGGCUCUUCCAGAUAAAUACAAGCAGCAAAAGAAAACAAUAACUGUAAUGCUCCAACAGGCUGUGGAAUGUGGUUACUUUAUUGAGGGGUAUGUGGGUACUGGGAAUUUCUGGUUGAGGGCAUGGAGACAGGCUGGCAUUGACACUGACAAGCCCAUUGGUGACUUCAAGGCAAAGUUUGAGAGCCUUAAGGAAGACUUCAAACUCAAUAGUAUCCUCCAAACUCAACUUCUGUGCAUCCUGACUAAGGAGGACCUGGAAGCAACACGAGAAAUUGUCACAAAGAUCGAGCUAAAGGAUAUUCCUUAUGCAUAUGGAGCAGCAUUUCAGCCCUCAAAGGCUUGUUUGCCUGGGACACGUGAAGCUCUGCUUGAUGAGAUAUGCCAGUGGAUCAAUAGCAACACUGAAGCCCAGGUGCUUCUGCUUACAGGUCUUGCAGGGACUGGCAAAUCAACAGUGGCCCAUACUAUUGCAAAGCUGUUCAACGAUACCAAUCGACUUGGCUCCUCAUUUUUUUUCUCCAAAAGCAAAGAAAACUACAGGGACAUGUUAUUUGGUACUAUUGCUCGGGAUCUGGCUGAUCAAAUCCCAGAAGUCAGGGACAAGCUUGCAAAGGUUGUCACUGCAUCUCGUGGUACUCUUGACUUUGAGGCUCAGUUCACUAACUUUCUGGAGAACCCCACAGAAGGACUUGUUGCCUCAGGUCCCAUUGUUAUUGUCCUUGAUGCUCUGGAUGAAAUUGGAGAUAUCUAUGCCCGUGGACCCAUUCUGGAAACCCUUGCAAACAGGCUCUCCUGUCUCCCUUCCAACUUUCGCAUUCUUCUCACUUCACGUGCAGAGCAUGACAUUAUGGAAAAGUUCAAGAGUCCUAGGCUUGUGCAACAUAUGCGCAUGGAACAAGCUUCUCAUACACAUGAGGAUAUUUCACAUUACAUCUACUCCCAAUUAGCUCCAGAAGGCUUCCCACUGGAAGGUCUCCAGCCAACUGACUGUCAAGAGCUGGUUGAACAUGCUGGAGGUUUAUUCCAAUGGGCCUUUGUUGCUUGUGAUUUCAUAAUGGCACCAGCAUAUCCAGGAGUUACUCGCCAGGAGAAAUUUACCCAGAUUGUGUCUCAGGCUUCUAGCAAAUCUGAUGAGGCCCUGAACAGCCUGUACAGGACUGUUCUCACAGGACUGUUUGUUACCAACAACCCAGACCAGAAUGCAGUAAUGGAGAAAUUCCGAAAUGCUGUUGGCCCUGUCCUUGCUUCCUCUCAGCCACUCUCAAUGGAGAGCUUGCAUGCUCUGCUCUCAAGGCCAGGAACUCAAGAAGGUAUAACCAUGGAUUCUCUCCAGUGUAUCUUGACAUAUAUGGGGUCAGUUUUGGAUGGUGUCACCAAUACCCAUGAACCCAUUCAGCCCCUGCACAAGUCAUUCUAUGACUUCCUGACAAAAUGCUCUCCAGAUGACAUAUUUUUCAUUGAUCUCCCCCAUCACCACUGGAGACUGUGUCAAGGGUCACUGCGGAUAAUCAACACCCAUCUGAACUUCAACCAUUGUAACCUGAAAACAUCAUAUAAACCCAAUAUUGCCCAGCAGUACAACACACCAUCCCCAGAAGUAUCUUAUGCAUGUCAGUCCCUGGGACACCAUCUUGAACACUUCCAGUCUUCAGAAGGGAUGAAGACUUCCACAAAGCCCUCUAAGUUAAUCAAGAUGGUAGAAGAUUUCCUGAAGAAAAAAUUGCUGUGCUGGUUGGAAAUACUUAGCAUCCUGGGCAAGGUCUAUGUUGCAAGACCAACCUUAUUGGAGGUGGCAAAAUGGGUACAGGUAUACAAUGCAGGGCUGCAACACUUUGCAGAAGAUGCUGCACAGUUUGCUCUCUACUUUGGUAUACCCAUAGCAAUAUCAGCUCCACAUAUCUAUCUCUCUGCCAUGGCAUUUGCACCAGCAGCCUCCUUAGUGGCUCUGAACUAUCAAACAUCUGUGGUGAACAUGCUUCAAGUGACUCAAGGUAGACUGAAGAAAUGGCCAGCUCAGCAACUUGUGCUCCACGGACACAAGUACUGGGCCAAGUCUGUGGCCUUCUCUCCUUAUGGCAAGCUCAUUGUCUCUGGAUCAGACAACAAGACCAUUAGGCUGUGGAAUGCUCAAACAGGAGAGGCAGUGGGUCAGCCUCUGAGAGGCCAUCAUCAAGUUGUCAACUCUGUGGCCUUCUCUCCUGAUGGCAAGCUCAUUGUCUCUGGAUCAGAUGACAUGACCAUCAGGCUGUGGAAUGCUCAAACAGGAGAGGCAGUACAUGAGCCUCUGAGAGGCCAUCAUCAAUCUGUCAGCUCUGUGGCCUUCUGUCCUAAUGGCAAGCUCAUUGUCUCUGGAUCAGAUGACAUGACCAUCAGGCUGUGGAAUGCUCAAACAGGAGAGGCAGUACAUGAGCCUCUGAGAGGCCAUCAUCAAUCUGUCAGCUCUGUGGCCUUCUGUCCUAAUGGCAAGCUCAUUGUCUCUGGAUCAUGUGACAAGACCAUUAGGCUGUGGAAUGCUCAGACAGGAGAGGCAGUGGGUCAGCCUCUGAGAGGCCAUGGUGACUGGGUCAACUCUGUGGCCUUCUCUCCUGAUGGCAAACUCAUUGUCUCUGAAUCAUGUGACAACACCAUUAGGCUGUGGAAUGCUCAAACAAGAGAGGCAGUGGGUGAGCCUUCAAGAGGUCACAAAUCUUUAGUUCAGUUCAGGAGGGCAUAUCUGACUGAUGGCUGGUUCCGAACCCCUCAAGGGGAUCUUCUCUUCUGGGUUCCUCCAAUCCACCGGAGAGGACUGUUGGUGCUGGGCAUGGGUGCUAUCAUCCCUAGCUAUUUGACCAGGGUUAUCCUUGACAAGUUUGUGCAUGGGGAUGGAUGGGAGCAAUGUUUUCAGCAAUGA